AUGCUUGAUAUGCUGCUGUAUUUGGCGUUGACGUAUCCGAGGCUCGUCGACACCCUGACUUCUCCCAGAAACGUCUUCAAGGUACCUGAACUCUACGGCUGGAGCCAGGACACCUUGAUUCGGUCCGUGAUUUUUGUUUUUUUUUGUUUUUGUAUUUUUUUAGAAUCUGGAAACAUAUAUUUAUUAUGAAUCAUUGCACCCCUUGAAAUUUUUCAAAAGUUUUUUUUUCAGUAGUUAGAAGGCACAAGGUACUGUAUAGCUCUUUAGAACUUGACAAAAAACAGAAAAAAACGUGAAAUUUAUUUUUUUUCCUACAUUCCACAGGCUCCCGUUUCUAACUAGAGAGAUGAAUGAGAUAUUUCAAAUAAGGCUCAAAACAUUUUUUUUUUUUUUCCUAAUUUUUUUCAAAUCUUCAAUUUACCUUUUUCAAUUUUUGGCGUCAUUAAGCGAAACUACAUUGUACUAUGACAUAAAAAGAAAGCUGCUCAAAGAGAUGAAGUAACAAAAAAAUCAUGUCGAAAUCUGAGAGAAAAUCUUCAUUAUUUUGUCUUCUUGAAUUAAAAUAACUUUCGCAAAAAGUUCAAUUCUUUAAGGUGUAUCUUGUGUAUGAACUACGACGAUCGUCAGAAAAUCACUAUAACUGGUUGUGACCCCGAAGUUUCCUGCUUAGGCAACGCUUGUUUUAUGCGUUAGUUCUACUUUCCGGAAAAUUGAAUUACUAUUGCGGAAAUUUCAGGCCAGCACAAGAGUCCAUAUUAUUUUUCUAUACACUAGUGGUUGCGUCAAUCUGACAAACCGGAAUGUUGAAAGGGUUUCUAAAUUCCAACAGAGGUUAGUUUUUUUGAUUUUUUUGUCAUUAUGGAUGAUUGAUUAUUACAGUAUUGGUGUUGACACUGAAAUCCCUGGUAAGGAAACGCUACUAUGCGAGGUUUGUUAUUAUUUUUUAAAGUUUUAAGUAAUUUUCCUUUUUCAAUUCUAUUCAAUCAUUCGAUCGAAUUCAGGUUUCCUUUCAAACAAACACGUGUUUAUGCACAGACGGAAAUAUGUGCAACAAUAUGUCCAUUCCUGCUCCAUUCAGGUGAGCGAAUCAUUCAAAUAUUCAUUUGUCAUUUGCACUCCGAUUUAUUCACUUUUUCAAAGUUGUGAAACAACUUUGUGUGAAGAACCAUAUCAUUCACAGUUUUCAGAAAGGUAGCUUUUUCCAAUGAUAAGAUUAGGAUUCUAUCCAUACUGCUUUUUUUGAGGCCUGGUCUUUUCUUUCUUGACAAAAAAUACAGCAAAGUAUUCAGCUUGAAAAAAAUAAAACCUUAAAUUUUAUUUCGAUUAUUAUCAGCAUUCACAUCAAAUUGAAUGAAUUUUUUUGAUGAAAUUAUUUUUUUGAAAUCGCUCGGAAUGGUAAAUAAUGGUCGCUAACAGGGAGAAGCUCAAAAAAGCCCGUAGAAAGAGUCCUUUUAUCAAGCCUUCCAUUUUUUUUGGGGAUUUCGAAGGCUUAAGAAAUGGUGGAAAAGGAGAGAGGCUGCAAAAAUGAAGAAUAAAGGCCGAUAAAUGGCAGCGAAAUGGACCCUUUUUCACCCUAAACGAUGCAUUUCUCGAGCUUUUUCCCACCCUUUCCGACUCCAUCUCUUCGAAAAACUCGAAAAUAUCGUCAAAAAAAAAAGCCGAGGUUACCUUUGAAAAAUAUUGCAAUACAUGAUACUUUGAGCCAGAAAUAAUUCCAUGUAAUCUGAUUAAUUCAGUGAGUACCACACCGACGGCCUUCUCAACGACAUCGAGUUCGAUGAACUUCAUCUUUACAGAAGUUUUCUGCCGCACAGUCCACAAUCCAUUAUCGUUCAGCAGUAUUCGUUGUGGUCGAAGUUCAGUUCCCAUUCAUUUCCCAUUUUCUGCCACGUGAUGUGGAUUCUUCUUUUUUGCCUAUUAUGAGUCUAUUGUUCAUUUACGACACACUCAAGCGGGAUAAUUGCCUUUUACUUGGGUAACUUUUAAUGAUUGUUUAGCAUCGUUUAACUUUUCUUUGAAGUUUCAUAUCAUGCAAGGUUUCAAAGAACAACGAUAUUUGUUUUAAGGUCUGUUUAGGAGAACCGUUUGCUCAAUAAAAGUCGAUUAUUUGAAACAGUGUUCUGUUAUAGUGAGCUGCAAAAUUUUUCCGCCCAAUCUCAAAAUGGGACGUUUGAUUGAAGGAAGCUUGAUCAAACUGUGAAAAAAAAACAGAAAAAAAGACUGCUGAGUUUCCACAUUGUUUAAUAUUCUAUCACAUUGUCUUUUGCUGCAAACUCGAGGAAUCGUUCCCAAUGUAACCAGUCCGCAUUUUAAUCCCCCAAGCGAUGUUGAGCGGCUGGACGCUUCGAAUGUUCAUAACAAAAGUGAUGAAGAUGAUGAUGAAUAAGUUCACUUGCGUAGGAGUUUGAAGAAAUCCUUCCAGACGGGUGAACAAUAAUUCUUCUGCUUUGCGUUCUCUUGACGACCCAUUACCGGGGAGACGAAGAUUGCUUGAAGACUUCGAUUUUCAAUUUGAAAAAGUUCACUUUUUUUUUCAAAAUAUCAGAAUGUCGCUUUCAACUGAUGGAAAUAACUCUUUCAAACGCUAUGUUUGGAAUCAACCAGCGCGACGGCGGCAUCGAAACCGACUAGACUACGAAAAACGCAGCAGCGAAUAUGAGAACUCAUGUAUGUUACUGUUUUGGACAAUUAUUUUAAUUUAACGGGAAUUGUCAGAGAUUCAUAAAAAUAUUUUUCUCAGAACCGGUCAGAAUUUUGAGAUUUUUUUAUCAUGAAAGUUGUAUUGUGGAACAAAGCUGCAUCAACCGGAAAACGUCAGUUUUUAUCGAUUUUUGAUUGAGUUUUGAUCCACAGUAUUGAUUGAUCAAAGUUAGAAGCAACUCUUAAUCAUAACUGUGAUUAUUCCCAUUACCCAGUUAGCCAACUCGAAACAGCUUCUGAUGAAGGAAACAAGUAUGGAUAUUUGCCCGGAGAGCUGCAACGGCAGAUCGAAGCUGAAGAGGAACGCAGAAAACGAAAAAGAAAAAGCUUAGGUUCGUCGUUGUACUAGUUCAAAGUUUUAGUGAAAUAAAAAUUGAUUUCAGAAGAAGUUAAGACGCCGCCCAGAGUCGAAACUCCUGAAAUCGCAGAAAUUGAAGAUGAAGAAGAAGAAGGAUCGAGCGGAGAGAGGACACCAAGCUCGCUCUCAUCUCAAUCGUAUUUUUUUGUAAUUGGUUUAUAUUCAAAAAUUCAGCAGAGCAUCACUGGAAUCCCUGGACGAGCCGAUUCCCCCACCGCCACCGCCUCGAAAUGUUCGUCAACCGAAAUUGGUCUUCAUUCCUCCACCUGAUGGAGCUUUCUUGGAUGACGACCUGCCGACGCCAAGAAAAUUGGGCCCAACAAGCAAUUCGUUCUUUUUUGUUGGUUCUUCUCUCAGGAACAGUCAAAUAGAAAUUGCAAAUGUACAAUGAAUAUGCAAAUUUAACUUGUAUAGUUGACAAUAAAUCGGAAGAAAAAAAUAAUAAUCCUUCUAAGUCCACACAAUGAUUACUCACUGUUUCGGGGUUUUUGUUUUUUUCUCAAUCGCUUUCUAUUUUUUUCAGUCUCCAGAGUUUUUUUCAUUAUUUAUAAAAUUUAUUUACCAUCCUAUUAUAAGUUUUCAUUUCAAAUCUGGAACAAGAUAAUCUUGUAGCUGGCGAGCUGAAUGAAAAAUUUCAGAUCAAGAUGAUCCUACUUUCAUAAGUGUCGAUUUUUUUCUCAAAAAGGGUCAGUUAUGAAAAAAAUAAUAAUAUGAUUUCCGUUAAUACCGCUUCUUGAUCCUUAUUCAAAAAAAUUUCCCGAUAAAAUGAACUUAAAAAGAAAUUGUUCUACCUUUAUUAGUUGUGUAAAUACUAGUCAAAAACGCAAUGAAUUUCAACACAUUUUCCAUCCAACUAUCAGUGGGAGUUCCUAACAAUUGCGUUCAUUAUCAGAGACAAAAAUUACUAAAAAUUACGAAAAACUUUGUCAUUACCCAAAAUUCGAAAGCGCGCCGAAGCCGAUCGCGACAAGACCCAUUAUUGACACACCCGAAGGAGUAAAGAGAAGAGAGCGCAGACUAUGCGUUGCGGUCUGCGUAACGCCUUCGCAAUCCUUGCCUCCUAUUACUGUAUUAACUACCAUAUUCCCGACUAAGAUCUGGCGCGCGCGUGACUCGUAAUCUGUUGCGCGUUUAGAAUGGUUUUUCGUCUGCGAAAAAAAAUCAUUAUUUUUUUGGAUUAACUCUCUUUUUGAGUUUGAUUAGGUAGGGCGAAUAGGAGUACAGAAGAAUAUAAAAAAAAGGCAGAUAAAAUGUAUGAAGAGGUAGUGAAAGUGAGGGGAAAAAAGUGCAAAGAGGUGUUAUCGAGCCUGCGGCAUCUUAUUCCGACAGGCGACGGUUUGCGUCCCCGACCACUCGGUUAUCGAUUACUGUGUGCCGAGCGUUCCACCCCUUUCUCCGCGCCUACAGUUCCCUUCUCCUUGCCAAAGUCUUCUCCUUACAGUAGCGCGCCUCUCUUAACCCUCUCAAAUUUCUCCCUUUUUCCUUUUUUUUUUUGAGACGCUCGUAUCUUUGUUCCAAUUCGACAAUCUUCGUUCAUGAAACAAUCUUUUUCAUUUUCAGGGGUAUCUCAUUCGCUCCACUUCUAUUUUCUUCAUGAAUCACAGGAUCGAUCCGGUCAGUUUCAAUUUUAAAAUUCAAGUUCCAGAUUCCAAUCACUUUGAAAACUCAGUCUUGAAUAUGAAAGCAGAACUGAGUAAAAAAAUAUCGUGAAACUUUUUUUCGGUUUUUUUCAUCAUCUUUUCAAAAAAAGCGGGAAAAAAAGAAAAAUAUUUAUAUCCUACAAAAACUAUUAUUGAAAAAAAUACCGAAAAAAAGUAUAAAGAUAUACAUGUAGUGAGUUUUUUUGGUACAUGCAAAAAAAUUCGAUUAAAAAAAGUUUAUUUUUUUUGCAACUAUUUUUUUCAAAAAUUUUACCAAAAAAAUAUGCAAAAAAAUUCAAUUAUCAUCCUUUGACUUCUGAUAAACAUUUAAUUUAUAUUAUUACGAAAUCACUUGAAUUUUUUUGCUAUUUUUCUUUUUGACCAUCGUUCAAUACUUUUGUAAGACGAAAAUAAGGAAAAAAUAAUGAAGUUAGGUUUCAAAUAUUCCGAGUAAAAUUUAAGAUGAAGGUUUAUUCAGGUGUUUCACCAUGGCCACAUGGAUGACAGCGAAAUGCUCAUGGAUGAGCAGGACUAUAUGGUAUGAGAAACCCUACAAGCUCACAAAAUUUGUUUUUGUUCAGCAAUACCCAGAAGAAGACGAGAUGACAGAAGAUGGCGUGGGCGACGUUUCCAUAAGAUCAACCCGAGGCAUUCACCAAUGCAACGUCUGUAGUAAAGUUUUCGUGUCUUAUAAAGGUAAAGCUAUUAGCGAAGAUUGUUUUUUGAAAGAAAGCUUUAGGUUUACAACAACACGCGGUCAUCCACACCGACCAGAAACCUUUCACCUGCGAUGUCUGUAAUAAAUCGUUUCGAUUCAAAUCGAAUCUUUUCGAACAUCGCUCAGUUCACACUGGGUAUACUCCUCACGCAUGUCCCUACUGCGGCAAAACUUGCAGGUUUUUAUUGGAACCUUAGCUAAAUUAAUACUAAUACUCUUAAAAGUUAAUGGAUUGCUCAGAAAAUUGAUUAUUUCACUUCCAAAGGCUUGAAAAUUGUUUCCAGUUGGAUGACCUAAUAAUCAAAUUUUUUAAAACAAGGAUUCAUAGACCGUUUGGCCAAAGAUAUAUUAAAAUUUCGCGAAAAAUUCUGAUAUCAAGGCAAAAGUCUUUUGUCAUCUUUAAGUGUUUUUUUACCGCUGAAUAAAAAAAUGAUUGAAAAAAAUUCAAAUUUGUUUCUUGUGGAUAAUGAGUUAUUGCAGAAUUAAAAAUAAAAAAAUAAAAUCAGAGUAAAUCUUAAACUAUUUUUUUAAGUCUUCAUAUUUUGAGUCUCCUUUUUAAAUCAGUCAUCAUGGAAGCCUCAAAGUGAAAACAAAAAAGCUGAGAGAUUUCAUGUUUUUUUUUUGGGCAGUGGCUUAAUUUGUUUCCAAAAUGAAACACUGAUUAUACAUACAGCACAUAAUACAUAUUUCUUUGUUUCAGAUUGAAAGGAAAUCUCAAAAAGCACCUGCGGACCCAUGUUACCACGAAAGAAGAGUUGGAAGCUGCGUGGAGACCUUUUGCAAGGUAAACAUGAUUCGAAUUCUUGACUAGUUGAAUUUUUUCAGUAACCGAAGACCUUCCGAGUAUCCCGCAACUCCACAAGGCGUUAUGAUACGAUCUGAAAAUGGCGAAGACGAGAUUUAUGUACCAAAACGACCAGUACAUCGAAAGUGAGACUCUUUUUGAAAUCUCACAUUUUUAUUAUUUUUCAUUUAGAAAAAAAGCACUUGGUUUGGGUGAUGUGAACAACUGGACAGAUAAAGUACGAACCGGCGAAUUGGUACCUUCCUCGAUUCUUCACGACAAGGUAACUUGUGAGAAUGAGGAAAAUUUUGAAAAAUCUUUUCAGCUGCGAAAGUUUGAGAAUCAAAUAUAUGGAACUCUUAACUCGAUACACCACUUAAGAAUGUCGGGAAGAUCAAUAGCUUUCGAAAGGUACAUUUUAAACACUUCAAAACUAAUUGAUUACAUGAAAAGUUAUAAAACAAGCUCUGAAAAUGUUAGGAAGUCCAGAGUGGUCUCUAUAGUUGCAACUUUAGGGAACUUUGGAGAGUCCCCUCUAGGGGCCACUAAAGCUUGCAAAAGUGGUUUCCGCAGAGAAAAUUCUAGUUGAUAAUUUUUAUGAUCUCUAUGCGAAAAAAAAUUUCAAUGCGAAAAACUAAAAAAAAUAAUAUUUUUUGAACAAAAUUGAACGACCCCUGUAGGGACCACUUAAGCUUUAGGGGAUUAAGUGCCCUAUAGGGACUACUUUUUCGAACCUUAUAGGAGUUUUUUUUUCCCACAACUUCUAUAGGGAACACUCUAAAAUUCCUAAGGACUCUGAACAUUUUUUAAUUUGACAAAAAAUCAUAAAUCACUUUGCAUUUUCAAAUUUCAGAUUCGAUUGUCCAAUUUGUUGUCUUGCUUUUGAUAGUCGCUACGACUGUUUGGAGCAUUUGAACAUGGAACACCCUGGAAGCUGUCAUCAACUGAGUGAAAUGUACUGCGAAGUACGUUUUUCGAAAUUUAAAAUUGCUCGAUUUUUUCUGCUUAUUUUUUUCAGAACAAUAAUACAAAUAGUGACCUAGAAGGAUUUUUUUCCAUCCUUUCUAGUGAAUUUGAAAAAAAUUUUUAGAGCCUCGAUCAAAUUCAUCUUAAAAAAAACUCCUCUAAAACCCUAGAAAGUCAAUUCCCUUUAGAAAAUUAUCUGAAAAAUUCGGAAAGCUUUGAACUAUCGAAAAAUUACAAGUUCUUCUUUGCAGAAAUGCAUACGUCGGUUCACGGAUCAAGACAGCUACGCUCAACAUUUGAGUUAUCACGCCAAACUUGAUUCUAUCAUGAAAGAAAGCAAUAUGAGCGUAAGCAUAGCUUUUUUCUUACAAAUUUACUGUUUUUCCUUUAGUUGUGCAACCAUGGAAUUCUUGUGCCUUCACCAGAAGACAUGGCAAUAAUCUUGGGACCACCCGAGUUGGAUUUGCAUAUGCACAUGCCCGAAGAUCCCGAUUCUCUUUAUACCGAUCAUAAGGUUAGUUUGGAUAAAAGUGAGAAGAAAAUGAAUGAAAUCUACCAAAAGAGAAGAAACUGCGAAGAAUAAUGUAUUUGCAUUUUUAGCUCUGGUGUUAAGUUUUUUUUUUAUAAAAUUACAUUAAAAUGACCUCAAAUUUUCGAAAGUUGUAAAUGAAGCGCAGAUUUGGCUUUUUUAUUUGAUUCAAAAAUGCGUCCAAUAUAUUUUUUUUCUUGACUUCCCGAUGUUUGUGAAGAAGCUCUUUGAUUGAUUUUCUAGGCAAUCAAAAAAACAUGCAACAAAAUAAUGACAAAAAUUGAAAUAUUGAAAGUAUAAUAAUCCAUUUCCCUCAAAGUAAUAAUAAAAACCCAAUAAUUCGAUUUUUUCCUGACGACUGAUAAUAUUUGAAUUUCAGUACAUGUCGUUUCUAUGA